AAGUUACUAUGCUGUUUCUGUUGUUAAAUUAGUAAUUAAAAAAUAAGUUAUAUACAGUAGAUAUAGAAUCACUACUGAAAGUAGAUCAGAUUUUACAAACGAAAGUUUAGAAAGAGAGAGAGAGGAUGUCUCACAGUCACGGGAAUGCUUCGUCGGCGAACGAUCCACGGCAACCUUCGGCGGCGAAACCUUACACUCCUCGGCCUGUUGCGCCGGAGGAUCUUCCCGUUGACUACUCCGGAUUCAUCGCCGUUAUCCUCGGCGUCUCUGGCGUUAUGUUCAGGUACAAGAUAUGCUCGUGGCUUGCAAUCAUAUUCUGUGCACAGUCUCUGGCCAACAUGAGGAACAUGGAGAGUGAUUUGAAGCAGAUCUCCAUGGCUAUGAUGUUUGCUAUAAUGGGAUUGGUCACAAACUACUUGGGGCCAAAUAGACCCGCGGCAAAGAAAUAAUCCUGAAUUAGUCUGCUUUUUGUUGACAUGUUUUUAUCAAACCUUGUUUGGUUCUUGUUUCAAGACCUUCAAGUUAUAGAUAUAUUAUGAAAGAGAUUGCGUCAUGAGGUUUGAGCUAGUGUUUUAUUUUGGUGAAACGUUUGUGUUCGACUCUCCUAUCUUUGAGGUGUUUUGAGGGACAACCCUGAGAUCAUGUUCAGAGAUUUUCAUUUCAGAUGCAAAGAAUCUGAAUUCUGACUUUUCUUUGUUUGAUCUCCAUGAGUUUUGUCCCAGCUACGAAUCCGAAAGACUGGACUAGGAUCAUAGUUGAUGGAUCAGAUGUACGAUAGAAUUGGAGUUUGUUACUACAAAUUGAUAUUCAAGUUAUUGCAACAUGAUUUCAUUAUUUGACAA